CCGACUUUUCCUCGUGAAGAGAAAUCCAAAAUUUUCGAUUUCGAGAAUUAGAGAUAUUUUGUGUCGUUUUUUUUUUGGAAUUCGAAAUAUCAAUAAAUUUGUCUACUAUGGAAUCGCCUCUUUGCUUCCUCUGUUCAGUUACCAUCAUUGAUAAUCGCUUAUACGACGUAAAAUCUACUAUUGUUCCACACUCGAGGAAACCUGUGUUUAUUGUUCUGCAGCACCUGGGUAAUUGUAUAAAAUACAAAUUAAUCUUUCAAAGUGAGGGCACCUACGUUUGUGGAGAUUGUUUCGAUGAACUUUCUAAUUAUGACAGUUUAAUGUUAAAUCUUUUGAACUCACAGAGACGUUUAACAAAUCAGUUACACUAUGCUGUAAAUGAAAGAAGUGAACCCCCCGGUCCAAUUGAAAUUCGUUUAGAAUUUGAGGACGACCCAAAUCUUGAAGACGCCUUUAACCCUGAGCUAGACACAAAAGAGGAACUAAUCGAAAUAGACGAAGAGUUUGUUAUUCAAGAAGAGGUGAUAGAUAACACCGACAAUUGUGAUACAGUGUUUGACAUAACAUCCAAUAAGGAAGGUGGACAUACAGUGCGCGAUGUUAACCACUGCCUCACAUGCAGCGCAACUUUUUCAUCUAAAGCGCUUUUGCAAAGCCACAAAAGAGAGUGUCACAACGGCAAGCAAUUUGUUUGCAAAAUUUGUGGAGCUUCAAGGAAAGACGAAGAAUAUCUUGAGCUACAUAUGAAUGUACACGAAGGAAAGACUGAAAAUGAAUGUCGGUAUUGCCCUAAACGGUUUUCUCGCCCGGUGAACACAUUGCGCCAUAUGCGAAUUCAUUGGGACAAAAAGAAAUUUCAAUGUGAAAAGUGUGGGGAACGGUUUUCCCUUGAUAACAUGUUGUAUAAUCAUCGUAUGCGUCACGAGGCUGAAGACAAUCCCGUUAUAUGCAGCAUUUGUAAUCAAUCCUUUAAGUCUCGUAAAACAUACAACCAUCAUAUACUUAUACAUCAAGAAAAUCGUCCACGACAUCACUGCACUCUUUGUCCGAAAUCAUUUACAGAGCGUUAUACCUUGAAAAUGCAUCUAAAAACACAUAGAGAUCGUCAGAGUCCCACUAGCACUGUCGAUAUAAAUCCGUGUUUGGUUAAGGACUCAAAAGAAGAAACUGAAGAUGCGAUUAAUUUAUUAGUUGAGGGUGAUGAAGUUGGCUACAACUGUGUUAUUUGUCAUAGAAAGUUUGACGACAAAGAUUGUUUUGAACAUCAUCUCCAAGAUUUGCACGGGCCUAUUUUUAAAUAAUCAAUUUUAAGAAUAGUAAUUAAUAUACCUAUCAUGUGAAUAUAGCAAAUAUAACCAAUAUACAUACAUUAAUUUUACACAAUAUUCUUUUAACUAAAGUUAACCAUUAGGAUUGUGGUAAAUUCCAGAAGUGAAGUGAUAUUGUGCAUAUUUGUGAUAUAACUAAAUUUAGCCUUAAAAAUGUUAAGUAGUAAAUUGUAUCAAAAUUCUCGACACCCGUUCCGAAUAUACUUAUUUUUAUUUAUUUUCUAAA